AUGUCAGUUAGAGGGGAUUCUUUACAACCAGAUAAUGAGUUUCCAGAUGAAUACAUUGAAGACUGCCCAUGGAUGGAAAUGACAAUGAAAGAUUAUGGUGUAAUCACAGAAUUCGAUCAUCCUUUCAAGAAAACAGGGAAAAAUAUUAAAUCACGUGAUUUAGACUUCGAUAUAGAUGAAUCAGAAAACUCUGUCUUUGAUAAUAAAAGCAUCAAAGCAGGUCCAGAUUUUUAUAAGAAAUGCAAAUUCAGGUUUGCACCCGGAGUUAUGUUCAAUUAUCAGAUCAAAUACGAAAACGAAUAA